CCGGGCAGCAGCAGGCCCGGCGCGAGGUCUUUCAAGAUGGCGGCGGCCGUAGAGCCGGAGCCGCAGCCCCUGAGCCUGGAGCUGCUGCCCACCGACCCGCUGCUGCUCAUCCUGAGCUUCCUGGACUACAGGGACCUCCUGAGCUGCUGCUAUGUAAGUCGAAGAUUUAACCAGCUAUCAAGUCAUGAUCCAUUGUGGAAAAGACACUGCAAGAAAUACUGGCUUUUAUCUGAGGCAGAGAAGACUCGGAGAAAGCAGAGCUGGAAGGCUAUCUUUAUAAGUAUUUACUCUGAUUUAGGAAGGUAUAUUCAAUAUUAUGCUACACUUAAAAAAGCAUGGGAUGAUAUAGAGAGAUACUUGGGACAGCGGUGUCCCCGGAUGAUUGGUUCUUUGAAAGAUAGUGUGCAGGAGGAAGACCUAGAUGCUGUGGAAGCACAAAUAGGUUGCAAACUCCCUGAUGAUUAUCGGUGUUCAUUUCGUAUUCAUAAUGGACAGAAACUAGUUGUUCCUGGGUUGAUGGGAAGUAUGGCACUAUCCAAUCACUAUCGUUCAGAAGAUUUAUUGGACAUUGACACAGCAGCUGGGGGAUUUCAACAGCGUCUUGGUUUGAAACAAUGUCUUCCUUUAACCUUUUGCAUUCACACUGGCCUGAGUCAAUACAUGGCACUGGAGAGUGUGGAGGGUCGUAAUAAAUAUGAGAUCUUCUACCAAUGUCCAGAUCAGAUGGCCCGUAAUCCAUCUGCUAUUGAUAUGUUCAUUACAGGUACUUCUUAUUUGGAGUGGUUCACAUCUUAUGUAAACAAUGUCGUAACAGGCGGCUAUCCCAUCAUCAGGGACCAGAUUUUCAGGUAUGUUCAUGAUAAGGAGUGUGUGGCCACAACAGGAGAUAUUACUGUUUCAGUCUCCACAUCUUUUCUACCUGAACUCAGUUCUGUACAUCCACCACAUUACUUCUUCACUUACAGAAUCAGAAUUGAGAUGUCCAAAGAUGCUCUUCCUGAAAAGGCUUGUCAGUUGGACAGUCGGUACUGGAGAAUAACCAAUGCCAAAGGUGAUGUAGAAGAAGUUCAGGGUCCUGGAGUCGUUGGAGAAUUUCCAAUAAUCAGCCCAGGUAGAGUUUAUGAAUAUACCAGCUGUACUACCUUCUCCACUACUUCAGGAUACAUGGAAGGAUACUAUACCUUCCAUUGUCUCUACUAUAAGGACAAGUUCUUUAAUGUCAUAAUUCCCAGAUUUCAUAUGGUGUGCCCAACAUUCAAGGUGUCUACAGCACGCAUGGAAACUAAUCAUAAUGAAUAUGCUAUGGAUGAAGAUGAAGACUCAACAGAUACUGAUGAAUAUGAAGACAGACGUAGAGUCUUGGAUAUUCCUGCCCCUUCUGGACGCUGUCCACGUCAUACCUGAUCGAACUUCUUUUUAAAAAAAAAAAAAAUAAAAACUGUUGGUCAGAGAAGAAGUUUAACUU